AUGCUAGCAGCAGCACGAGCAGAACUCGCGUCUGGUGAUUCAGGCGCCGGCCCAAAUGGUGCCUCCACAAAACCGCCCAAGAAGCGCGUCCGCAAUUUCACGGCAGAUGAUCGAGCUGCACAUCGCAUCUUUGAGAAGAAGCGGCGAGAGCUGUUUCGAGAGCGACUCAAUGACUUGGCGAAAGAACUGCCUGCGCUAGCUGGGAAGAACCCCGCCAGGCUGUCAAAGCACGACGUGAUUGAAGAGAGUAUAAAUCGUCAUCAGUUUGAGCGUGGCGCAUGCUUGGAUGUGAUACAAGCGUAUAGAGCUAUGGCCCGGGAGCGAGAUGAGUUGUUGGCUGAAGUGAAUACCUGGCGAGCUACGGCUGGGGGGCCUGAACGUCAUGCUGCCAGCACCCAGAUGGACCUUGAUGAGUUGGGAAAGCUGGAGGCCAAAGUUCGAGGUCAACAGGCAGAAGGCCCUCGCGCUGAAGUCCAGGAUUCUGCUCCAGUAGACGCAAGCUAUACUAUCAUCGACGAUCCGACUUCUCAGCCUUCUUUCUCUCCCCCUACCAAUUCUACUCAUCCAGGACCAGUACCCCACCCAGCCUUACUAGGCAGCGAACAAGGUAGUCUGAUUUCAAGCUCUUCAUUCGAGCCAGGUGGCUCGAUAUCUGACCCGAACGCCUUUCUGAACACGACCAUGGCAUUGAUGGAAACGCAACAUUUACCGAACCAAGCUAUGAUGAUGCCACUAAAGAAUAUGAGCGACCCCAGCGCCGAUGUGAUUACAGAACCACAAUUGGAGAACGGCAGGCCCAUCUCCAAUAUGCACGACUUCUUUGCGGACACUUCAGCCGAUCACAUAUCUCUCGCAGACUGGGGCACGGAUUUUCCUCUUUCAGCGAUGGACUUUGGGCCAGAUACGACACUUCAACAAUAUUGUUUCUAG